CUAUUUACUUUCCCUCUGUUUGCUUUGCUUAUUCAAGUCUCUCUGUGUCAGAUACAAUGUUACCAAAGACAGUCUCUUUUUUUGGCCCGGGUUAUUCACCUCCUUGCUGUCAGAGGGCACAUGGACAUUUUCUUUUGUUUUAUAGUUUGCUUUCAAUUUUCUCUUUCUGACUGAAAAGUGCAUCAUACACCACCACGCUCUCGUUCAUAAAUACGUUAGCGAUCCGGGGUGCUUCGAUGACAAACAGAAGUGGUGUUAAUUUGCUCACUGCUCACUCACUCUUCCCACAAACCCUCUGUUGAAUUGCCCAGCUCAAAAUGUGUAUUUGUUUAAUAUGUUUUUGAUUGAUUCAGUGAUGAUGAUCCAUACAGUCAGUAUUGAGAACACACACACAUUCGGGAGCACAAAAGGCCUCUUUGUGCUGCUGGCAGGCAGGGCUCGUGAAUUCGGGUAGUGGGGUUGAGAUUACUCGAUUAUUUCAUACGGGGGCCCAGGCAAAUCACAGAGCCCAGUCCCCGCCGCACAGAGCGGGAUGGCUGUGGCGACGACGAACCACAACAGAGGCCCAGCCCGAACCCAAAAGUGGUGGACAGCAGCCAGAGACAGAUACAACCCACCCCGUCACACACUUGCGGUUUUUUAAAAGAAAGCAAUUUAGUUAAUGAUUUCAUUCUGAAAGCCUGUCAUGAUGCAUGCGUCUUCCUCUGCCAGGAAAAGGAGAGCAGGGCGGAAAGAAGGAAAGAAAGAGAGACGAAGGUGUUAGUCAACAUGACUACGGUUAAGUUCUAACUGCUUGCGGCUGCCGCGCGGAUCGCGUUACCGAAUGGAGCAGACCGUUGUAAUGCUACUUAUAACUUGCUGAGGAAGCCCGUCACAGACCGUAGAGUUAUUUAUUUAUUUAUUUUUUAGCUAGACUCCAGUCAGAUAUUUUUCCAGCUUGUUGAGAACAUUUUUAAGACACUACUGUGCUGUUUUAUCUGAAACGGGAGCAUGUGAGUCGGUCAGACUCACGGUUUAAUAGUAGACUGGUGAGACAUUUUCUGUAUCAGUCAGCGGCUAAUCCAGUAAUGUGCCUGCUUUCUGGCUUGGGUACAAAUCUACUGCACAUUUUUCUGUUCAACCAUGCUUGUCAGCUCCCGGUUUUAUUAGGCCGUGGUUCAGCAUGUUUCGUAUUCACUUUACCGCUUUUUCCCUGUGCCGCUCCAUCUUAGCAUUGCUAAAACAUCUACCCUUCAUGUACUUUCUGACUCAGAUUUUCGUGGCAAUUACACAGAUCGAUGGACAGACUCUCCCUCUCACCCUCUCUGUUCUCUUUCUCUCUCUCUUUUUUUUGUAUCUGCUGUCAGUCAUUUUGGGAACUUCCAACCACCUCCUGACAGACAUGAGUGCCAGCCGUUCGUUUAGCAGGGGUUUUUAUUCAGCCGCCUUCGUCCGACCUGUCACCGUGGCCACACACUGUUGCCCAUGCUUUCCAUUGAACAGGGGCGAAUGAAUUAGUUUCAGAGGUUUAAACCGGCAAUCAGUGUCACUUGCCCCGACAUAAUAAGGCUUAAUCGUAGAUCUUCAAGAUGUGUCCUGGCUGACCCUCGCGAUUCGUCAGGCAUCUUUUACAUGGCCUCAUCUGGGUGGAGCGAACAAACUGCCCCUGUUUUGAUUUUCCAAAUGACGUGUCACAUGAGUUGUGGCCGUUUUGGCAUCUCCUCCCGGUACUCCCUAAUCCAGUGCUCCUCCUUUACAUGUUUAAUGUCAGAGAAAAAUAACGCAUUUCAUACAUUUUUGUACAUAUAAAAAUAAUAAUUCUGAAGAGAGAACACAAGAAAGCAUAAGCAACAAGGGCAGUUUAGGUCACAGCCUAAAAAUAAAAUAAUAAAAUAUAAAAUAAAAUAAUAAUAAUAAAAAAAAAUCAAAUUGGAAUGGUCAUGUGAAAGAAUUAGGGAUGUGACUAGCAAUAACUAAUGAGCUGUUGUCCACCCAGAGUAGCACAGCGUCAAAGGUAAUUUCCUUAGCUUUUUUUGCUCCACAGAAAUCCCAUUUAUGAGAUGAGAAUGAAAGGGAACAAAACAGCUUUUCUUUUCAUUAGGCGCUGCAAAUUUUCCAAUUUGGUUGACUAGCGACUGCCGCAAAAAAAAAAAAAAAAAACUUCCUAUUUUUGGAAAAGAAAGGAAUUAGGGGGACAGUGGCUGGAGAAAGCAGGGCACUGUGUGCCGGCAUUCCAGAUGUCCAAACGGCAGUUGUACCAGCCCAAGUUUUUCUGGGCACCGGGUGCCAAUGAUGACCUCAUGAGCUCCAGGCUGAAAACUGUAGGCAUACAGUUCUCACUGACACAGGCUUGAAUAGCCCUCAGCCUUUCAUGCAUCCAUUCAUUCUCUCCAGUCCUCUGGCGGCAAAAUUACUCCCUCAUAAUUAGCCAUUGUCCCCGUUUUUGGCUAGUCUGGAAAAAAAGUUUUUUUGGCUAGUCAAUUUUGUGUAUUUUUUCCCCCCCGUUUUGCCCUUUUUUUUCUAUCACCCUCCAUCUUGUCUAAUACGUUUAUUGUAAAACAGAGCAAAAUAACGCCCCUUUCCUCUGCCUAUCUUUAGCAUUAUCACUUCAUUCUGUCUCUGUCUUCUGCCCUCGUCACAGUGGACUGUGAGAGAUUUUACACUUGAUUUGUUGACUCUUUUGCUAUAAAGUCGGCCACUCUGAAGAAAAGUAUCUUUAUAAAUGACAGAGAGGACCUGUCCUUGAAUGGUGCUUUGUUUACUGUUUUUCCAAAAAGGGGCCCCCACUAUAUUUCAUCUGUCAGAGUUGCUUUUCUUUCCCCCAACAAUGCUUGAUUGUUUCCACAAAAAAAAAAAAAAAAAAAAAAAAGAGAAAGGGACAGAGUAAGAGAGAGAGAGGAAAAGGGAGAGAGAGAGACAAACAGAAAGAAUGAAAAAAAAAGAACUCAGGUUCAACAGACAGGAGAAUUCUGUAUUAUAUUUUCCUGCCAAAUUCCGAUCUCUGUUUUCCUUCCCCUGCACUCACAAAGGGCUCAUAACUUACUGUCAACUGUGAGGGAAACCACAAAGCUCCACUGUUGCUCAGCAAAUAGGCUGUGUUUCUUGAUGGCUUCACUGGCUGUAAAGUUUGCUUAACUGCAGCACUGACACCAGGCACUUUGGGAACUGCCGCCCCGUAAGGCCCUGAGCGAGGGACGAAGCGAGACAGAAGAGACGGCGAGCUGCUUUUCUCGUGUCUUUGAAUCGUCUCCGGCCGUACAGGGACUGAAAGAGACACGCGUGCGAGUGAGACUGUGUGUGUGUGUGUGAGCGGAGGAGCUUAACAGCUGCUCUGCCGGUGGCUCCGUUCAUGUGCGUGAGCGUACUGCGUUCAGCGCGCCGUCGGAUGUGUUCUGACAAGACGUGCCGUGGCUGGGACGAACGGCCUGUCUGUGCUCGAGUGUUUUUGUGUGUGUUUGUGUGUGUCAGAAUUUGAGGAAGUGUUAUGCCAUCCAGCUCUGAAGUGGUGUGUGAAGAACAGAGAAGGACAGGAGCGGCCAAACAGGCUGAGGGGGACAGUAUCAGAAUCAUGUCUUCCAAGCAAGCCACCUCUCCAUUCGCCUCGGCUCCUGACGGAGGUGAGGAUGGAUUGAAUCAGGAGCGCAUGUCUUGGGAGAAGGAAGAGAACUCUGAGUCACUAGUCACCCCUCAGCUGCCCCUGCACAAUCUGCUCCACAACAAACCUCCCCCGGAGGAGCUCCAGCCAAUCAGCAGCAGCGUGCCGCCCGAAUCCGACUGGGACAGCCUGAUGUCGGCCCAGCAGCGCAUGGAAUCGGACAGCAAUAAAGUAUGUUCCUUAUACUCCUUCCGGAAUAACUCUACCUCUCCACACAAGCCAGAGGAGGGGGCCAGGGAGCGCGGCGACCUGCUGAGCAGCUCAGCCUUCGGAACACCAGAGCGCCGCAAAGGAAGCCUGGCCGAUGUGGUGGACACACUGAAACAGAAGAAACUAGAGGAGAUGACAAAGACAGAGCAAGACGAAUCCUCCUGCAUGGAGAAACUCCUUUCUAAAGACUGGAAAGAGAAGAUGGAACGACUCAACACAGGCGAGCUGCUAGGAGAAAUUAAAGGUACUCCAGAAAGUCUUGCAGAGAAGGAGCGACAGCUCUCCACCAUGAUCUCACAGCUCAUCAGCCUGCGAGAGCAGCUCCUGGCUGCCCAUGAUGAGCAAAAGAAACUGGCCGCCUCACAGAUGGAGAAACAACGUCAGCAAAUGGAGCUGGCACGCCAACAGCAAGAGCAGAUUGCCAGACAACAGCAGCAACUUCUGCAGCAACAGCACAAAAUCAAUCUCCUCCAGCAGCAGAUCCAGCAGGUCCAGGGUCACAUGCCUCCACUCAUGAUCCCCAUUUUUCCACACGACCAGCGCACUCUGGCAGCAGCUGCGGCAGCCCAGCAGGGCUUCCUCUUCCCCCCAGGCAUGUCCUAUAAGCCAGGUGAUAACUACCCGGUGCAGUUCAUUCCAUCCACAAUGGCAGCUGCUGCCGCGUCAGGACUCAAUCCUCUCCAGCUCCAGCAACUCUACGCCGCCCAGCUGGCCAGCAUGCAGGUCUCUCCAGGAGCCAAGAUGCCUCCGCUGCCACAGCCCCCCAAUUCUGCCGGGCCGAUCUCCCCGUCUGGCUUGAAGAACGAGAAGAGGGCCUCAACCCCCCUGGCUCAAGUCAAGGAGGAGGGAACGCAGCCUCUCAACCUCUCUGCCCGGCCCAAAACAGCUGAGCCCGUCAAAUCCCCCACAUCCCCGACACAGAGCCUCUUUCCAGGCAGCAAGAGCAGCCCGAACAGCCUGUCCAAGAGCGGAGGCAUCCCCAGCCCCAUCGGAGGAAUGGGUCGUGGCUCGUCUCUAGACAUCCUGUCCAGCCUGAACUCAACAGCGCUGUUUGGAGAUCAGGAUGCAGUGAUGAAGGCCAUCCAGGAAGCGAGGAAGAUGAGGGAGCAGAUUCAGAGAGAGCAGCUUCAGCAUCAUCAGCAAGGAAUGGAGGCCAAGCUGUCUGCCCUCUCCAGCAUGGGCCUGAACAACUGCAGAGCUGAUAAGGAGAGGUCUCAUUAUGACAGCCUUGGCCAUCACCUGGGCAAACUAGGCGAGGAUGGAAAGAUUGGUCACAGAGUCAUCGACCUCACCAGGCCAGAGGAUUUCGAUGGGUGUAAGGAACUGAAUGGCUCUGCAGAUAAACCACAUCAGUAUUAUUGUUGGCCAACAGGAGGCGCCAGCACUACCGAGGCACGGGUCUACAGGGAACCCCGGGGAAGGAACAGCAACGAACCUCACAUCAAACGGCCCAUGAACGCCUUCAUGGUCUGGGCCAAAGAUGAGCGCCGCAAAAUCCUUCAGGCCUUCCCAGACAUGCACAACUCCAACAUCAGCAAAAUCUUGGGAUCUCGCUGGAAGUCCAUGACGAACCAGGAGAAACAACCGUAUUAUGAAGAGCAGGCACGGCUCAGCAAGAUCCACCUGGAGAAGUAUCCCAACUACAAGUACAAGCCCCGGCCCAAGCGCACCUGCAUUAUCGACGGCAAGAAGCUGCGCAUCGGCGAGUACAAGCAGAUGAUGAGGUCGAGGAGGCAGGAGAUGAGGCAGUUCUUCACUGUGGGGCAGCAGCCACAGACGCAGAUCCCCAUCACCACCAGCGCAGGUGUCGUCUACCCCGGUGCCAUAACCAUGGCGACCACUACGCCCUCCCCUCACAUGACGUCAGACUGCUCCAGUGCCUCGGCCAGCCCCGAGCCCACCAUCCCCGUCAUCCAGAGCACCUUCAACAUGAAGAUGGAACCAGGCACCAUGGUGCCUAACGACCCCGUGAACGGAGAGGACGAGAUGGACAUGUACGAGGACUUUGAGGACGAGCCCAAAUCGGACUACAGCAGUGAGAAUGACACACAGGAGCCGGUCAGUGCCAACUGAGGCAAAAACACCCUGUGAAGAAUAUCCUUUUAUUCGAGGGAAGACUGAAGAAGAUGAAAAAGAGAACAUAACGAACAAAAAAAGAAAAACUUGUUUCUGAUGAUAUACGUUUUGGGAGCCAGCAUGCAGAUGUGGCUCCUUCAGAUUUAACAGCUAUUGGUCUUAAGUGUUUCUCCGAGUGUGAAACAAUUUGUUUUGUUUUAUUUUGGCUUUUUUUAUUGUUAUUAUAUUGAUUUUUUUUGUUUUGUUUUGUUCCUUGUGUUUUGAUCAUGGACAAUUUGGGGUAUUUCCUACGACAUUUUUGAAUAAUAGGACUUGACAAUUAUUUCAUAUGAAUGCAUAACUCACAGUCUUACUCAAAUUCAUAUGGAUUUACAGAUGUAUUUUUUUUUUUCUUUUGAAGCGUACAUUACUGUUUUCAAUGGGGUUCUAUAUCUCACUCAGGUAUGCUGUACCAGCCAACAGCUUGUGAAUGUUUUUAAUCAGAACUAUUUAAAAUGAAAAAGACAACAACACUUCAUUUGACAUUUCAUAAUACGAUAAAACUUAACUGAAGAAGUCCUGACAUUUGCUGAACCAUAGAGGGAAAGCCUAAAACUCCCCAUUAUUAUUAUUAUAUUAUUACAUUUUUAAAAAGUCCAGAUGUGCCAAACAUAUCAUAAGCUUCCUGCUCUUAAAUCUUAAAUUUAAAAGUCUUAAGGGAGAGACUGCAUGAGUCUUAGACAAUCCUUGCAAUCUUAUCUACAAAUCCCACUUUUUUUCCUCUUCUUCCACUUGUGUCUCCUCUCCAUUGACUACCGUCUUCAAAUGCUCAGGAACUAAGAGUGUUAUAGUUCUCCAGGAGGUUCAAUGCAGUGAUCGUCCAACCACCGGCCUUGUCUAAUUCAGUCUUACCCGCUCGGUUCUUAAUCACAGUGAUUGUAAUCAGGCCAGAAUGCCAAGGGGCCAAAUGGCAUCCAAUCUGCAGAAUUGGACAGGCAGCAAAAGGCAGCUUUGGUGUAUUACAAUCACAAAUUGCUGUUGUACAAUAUGUACACGCACAUUCUGCUAAAGUCUUUAGCCCCGUUUUCCAGGGCAGCAAGUUUAAAGUCUUUUAUUUACACUUAAGUCUUGUGGACAUUGUAAUCUUAACUGACAUAAAAUAGUCUUAAAGUCCUUUGGGCUUCUGCAAUUUGUUCAUCAUUAAGUCUUAAGAGAACGUCCAGUUUAUUAGGAUGUUUUGGCCUGUUAUGCAGAGGGUUAAGGAGAAAAUAAACUAAACUAAUAAUGGCACUUAUUUUCCAAAUUUUCUAUAUACCGUCUUUGGAUUUAAGAUGGUUUAAUUGUAUUUACAUUUAAAAAAAAAUAUAUACUCUGAAACAAACAGAUUUGAAAAUGCACAAAGACAAAUCUGUUGGCGAUUUAAAUAACUCUACUUGCGUUGGAUCUUUUUGAGCACUUCGGGGGGGGAAAGACGACAAUUCAUAAUAAAAAAAAGCACAUUUUUGCUCCUUUGUAUUCAGUCCUGCAGCUCUACUAAAUUACCCGCUCGUUCCGGCAGUAGAACGGAUCUCAGGUUGUUUCCGUGUGGAAGGACAGCCAAGAAGCAGCCAGCGGUCAGGGCCUCUUGUUUUAGACUUUGGCCCUACUGAAAGCUCCUACAGGGUGCGAGUGCCAUUCACCUCCACUCACCUGACCUCUGCCCAGCACACACCCUGCCUCAAGGGGCUGCCAUCUGGCUCCCGGCAUCGGUCCAUGCCCAGGAGAAAGGUAGCGAACAAUGGAGACGAGGCCCAUGUGGUUUAUUGUGCCCUCUCUCCAUCAAAGCUCUAGCGAAAGGCUGCGGCCAGAAGCAGCCACGAGGUGCUAGCGAGCAGAUGGAACAAGUAGAUCAAGCUGUGGGGGAUUAUUAAAAUGACUGACGAGUCGGUAUCAUCUGAAAUACGGCAUUAUUAAUGCAUGAGUCCCGCUAUUUUGCCUUUGCCCUUGAACCUGUCUGUUUCAUUGGUAACCCAGAGAUUAGAAUAGACAGGAAAUGUCACAGCAAGGCUGCUGGUCACUGCAUUACCUCUAAAGGUCGAAAAAGGUACCGAUGACUAUUUAGCGCUUACUUCUCCCAGCAGUUGAAGCCAUCACUUUUUUUUUCAGCACCCCUCUUUGAAAAGCAUUUACUUAAUUCAUAGAAGUUUUGAGCACUUCUUUAAAAGCUUGUAUUUGUACCUUUUAUUUUGUUGGUUUUGUUUAAGUUUGUUGUGAUUUUUACAUAAGGUACAAUACUUGGCUGGAUGUCCCCUGACAUGCGCGUUCAAAUUUUUUUUUUUCUUCCUUGCUUACAAGCCAACGUUUAUUGUUUAAAGCUGUUAUAUCUGUUUGCUGGUGGAUUGGUUGAUUUGUACAUGAUUUGUACAUAUUUCCUUGACCAUGCCAAGCCAGUUCUGUAGGCUGGUAGCAGACAAAAGGACUGUUGUUGGGACUGAAACUUGAUUGCGCUUGUAUAGAUUAAAAAAAAAAAAAAAGAAGAAAAGAAAAAAUCUCACACGGAGACAAUGAUUCAAAAGUGUUACAAGCACUGGAUAUAAAUGGUAUUUUUAUCAAUUCUGACUAAUGUGAAGCCGUUGUGCGAGGAAAAAAAAAACCUACAUGAACAAGUCACCUGUUUGGACUCAUGUGAGCGCGCCUCACAGUUGCCAGAUUUGAGUCAUUUUUCUCUUGACAUAUUUUGUUUAUUUAUGCAAAGACACGUGAUGAAUGAACACUUUGUUUAAGCUCCAGUGCUGCCUAGGGGAGAAAGAGCAGUAUACUCAACGGAGAGGCUCGCGUUGUGACUGGCCAACUGAGACACACCGGACUUCAGUAGCACAUUUUAAUGGUCAUGUAUGUUUGUGUUGUAUAUUGUAUUUGAAGCUCUCUAGUGCAUAGACAUUUUAUUGUAUUUAUUAGCCAUUAUUGGCUCUAAAAGUGUCAGUAGAACAGAAUUAAAGGACAAUCAGAGAACAAGAAUAAAAACAGUGAAAUUUCAAAAUGGAUUGGAGCUCAAAACAAAGUUUCUUUUAAAAAAAAAAAAAAAUCUCCAUCUCAUUAUUUUUUUUUUUCUUUUCAUUGUAAAUAUAACAUAGGAAAAUAGAAUUCUAUUUUUGUUCAUGGAUACUUACUGAAGUAUAAAUUAUGUAUUUUACUUUUUUCUUCUUUGUUUGUUUGUGUGUGUGUGUGCGUGUGUGUGUGUGUGUGUGUGUGUGUGUGUAUGUUUUUGGUCAUUGUGCUUAGAAAAAAGAACGAAAUCACAAACUGACAAUUCACUGUACCUCAUGUAGUUGCUGAAUUCACAUCCCUGUUGAUUGAAUAGUAUUGGAGAAACAGCUGAGAACAUCUCACUUCGAUGUGUUUCAGUGAUGAACCUCGCACUCCAUGCUGAAUUAACCAGCCAUUUGCUAUGUUGUUAGUGCACUCUGUAGCAAAGGACAAAUCUUGAAAUCCAUGUACGUAAUUUUCUUCAUUUUUUUUUUUUGUUUUACAAAUUGUUUUUUAAAUGUUAAGGUACUUGCUGAAGUUAUAUAAUAAUUGGUUAUGUGCCAAAUUUGAAUGAAAGAACAUGUACAGUAAUUGUGGGGCAUCAGUUGUGGUGUAUCAUACAGUACAGCAUCAUCUGAAAACAUAUGUGAGUUUCUCGGUGAGCAUUUAAUCCAUUGGGGAUGUGCAAAUAUUUAUGUUUUGUUUUUGUUUGUUUUUUUAUGCUGCACAAUGCAGACCCACUCUGUGCAUUUGAGGUUUUCAUACAGUAUUUUGCUCUGUGUUGCUUCAUAGUGUUUAAUAGACCAUUUCUCAUCCAGUCAACAGCAAGUCUAAAUGACAUUUCUUUUAAUAAUACAUAACUGUCACUGCCAUAUUAAUGCAAAGUAGGUACAAUAAUUGAGGACAAAGUUUGGGUGUUUCUACUUAUCUUACUGUAAUGCUUUUUUUUUUGCUUUUUUUUUUUUUUUUGGUAUGGACUUUUGUGAUGUAUAUUGUGGGAUAGUUUUUGUUAAUUUAAUCAGCACAAUUCACUGACAUGCUGGACUGACAUGCUAGCUGCUGUUCAGAAGAGUAAAAUGUUGCUGUCAGGGACAACGAAUGCUGUUGUCAAUGGAACUUUGCUUUUAGGUUUCUGUUGUCUCUCAAGCAACACUGUGUGUGGCUUCUGUCGCUAGGUACACUCUUGUUUUGAAUCCUGCUAGCAGCCUGAUAACACUUUUCUUUGAUUUUGUCUUUUUGUGUGUGCAUGUGUGUGCGCGCGUGUGUGUGUGUGUGUGCGCGUGUGUGUAGAGACCGGUUUCUCAGCAGGUACAUAGACCCAUGGCAGGUAUUAUUGUUCGGGCGUUAGAGAUGUAGAAUAGUAUCUGUUGCUGCUUUUGGAAAAAAAAAAAAAAAAGUUUUAAGUCUAAAAAUGUAAAUAGUUUUAUCAUAAUAUCUUGUACAGUCCAGUGUAAAGUUUUUAAUUGAACUUAAAAAGGUUGCCAUCACAUUUGUGUUCACAUUCUUCUUUAUACAGUACAAAAGACAGCUAUUUGCUAAGGAUAUUAUUGUUUAAAAAAAUGAAAAAAGGUACUAAAAAUAUUUUUGCUUGGCUUUAGUAUGUAAACCAGCAAGUCAUUGGUUUCCAUGUGCAGUAUUGACGUGAGGUAAACUAAUUAAUGCUACAGUUGUAUGUCCAGAGACCAGUCUUCUCUGUAAUGGUAGUAUUAUUAUAUCAAAUAAAAUAAACCAGAAGAGUGACACAUUUUGGUGUAUUUAGACACCUUAGUGAAUUGUACAAAUAUCUAGGUUGUUCUCCCCACAAGCAGCAUUUGGCAUAUUGUAAUGUAACACCAUUUCUACAGUAUAUUCUCAAUUCACUGAUGUACGACGGCAGAUGAGGGUGUUCCUGUCUGUUUGCUUAUUUACCUCAAGAGUUCCUCUUUUUCCAUAAAAGAUAGAGUACACACACGUAUGACAAAAUCGUCUCACCAUCACUCCAUCUUUUGUACUGCUGUUGACACUUACAAAUUAAAGAGACAUUUUGUUUUA